AUGGCCCAAAGAAUCACCUACAGAAGACGUUGCUCCUACAACACCAGAUCUAACAAAGUCAGAAAGGUUAAGACCCCCGGUGGUAGACUUGUUGCCCAAUACGUUAAGAAGGUUGUUAACUAUACUAAGUGCUCUGAAGCUGGUUGCAAUGUUGCCCUCAACGGUAUUGCUUAAGUCAGACCUGCUGAAUACGCCACUAUUGCUAGAUCUGCUAAGACCGUCUCUAGAGUUUACGGAGGUGAACUCUGUCACACUUGCGUCAGAAGCAGAAUCAUCAGAGCUUUCUUGACCGAAGAAGUUAAGAUCGUCAAGAGAAAGAUGAUCUCUAAGCCUAAGACCGACAAAAAGAAGAAGAGAUCCCAAAAGAAGUGA